AUUUACACUCAAUAUAUUUACACUUUUUUUUGUAUAUGAAAACAAUAAAUUAGUUUUUAUGUGCCAAACACCUGUUUGUUAUUCUAGUUUGAAAUGGGUUUUCUAGUGAACACCCUGAGCAUUUUGGUGGUCAUACUGGCCAUACUGUUCACCGUAUUUGUCAAUUACCCGGAACCCCCUCUCAGUCCACUGUUAUAUCAAUGGCAGUCGAGUGGACACUACUUUCACUUCAAAGGAUAUCAAGUGUUUUAUAAAGAUGAGUUGAGUGAGAGUGCGGCCAAUGACAUAACGGUGCUAUCACUGCACGGCUUUCCCACGUCCAGCUUUGAUUGGUAUAAGAUAUUGCCGGAUAUGCGGCGCAAUGUCCGCCGAUUCAUUGCACCCGACUUUCUGGGCUUUGGUUUAAGCGAUAAACCGCGGUUCCACUCGUAUUCAAUCGUUGAACAAACGGAUCUCAUCGAAGAACUUAUGAUGACUUUAAAAGUGGAUACAAAUGUUCAUAUUUUAGGCCACGAUUACGGCGAUACUGUCGCUCAGGAGCUGAUGGCCAGACAGAUUGAUGGCAAUUUAAGCUUCAGGAUCGCGAGUGUGUGUCUAUUAAACGGUGGCAUAUUUCCCACAAUUCAUAAACCAAUACUCAUGCAAACGUUGUUGAGAUCUCCAAUAUUGGGAACAAUUUUGUCGAAACUUUCCAAUUAUUAUAUGUUUUCGAUGGCAUUGAGCGGUGUAUUCGGUCCUAACAGUCAGCCCUCUCGUGACGACUUGCAUGACUUCUGGAAACUGAUUCGUCAAAAGGACGGCUACCGAGUAAUGGGAGACAUCUUGUCAUACAUUGACGAUCGUCGUCAACACGAGGAUCGUUGGGUCGGCGCUCUCCGCACUAAUCAAAUGCCAUUACAUUUCAUAUACGGACCGUCAGAUCCCAUCAAUCGAUCGCCAGAAUUCCCGAACACUUAUAGGAAAAUCAUUCCCAACCCAAGUAUCGAUGUGUUGGACGACCAGAUCGGACACUACCCGCAGUUGGAGUCCCAUAAGCGAGUCAUUCAGUUGUACUUGAAUUGGUUGAAAAGCCGGCAGUUUAUCACACAAUUGGUGUUCAAUACGUAACAACCAUUUCCUCAAUCAUUAUAUUUGUUUAUUUAGAUAUAGACCAAUCUCUUUAUUUACUGUACGCUAGAUUAUGUACACAUUUUACAGUUAUUGGGGACGUAUGUCCAAAAUCUUAGUGAAUAGACGGAAC